GACGACAGCAAGGGAGGCCAGAAAGCCCAGAGCAGUCUCCUUCCUGUCUCAACAUAGGAAAGGACCUCCAGAGCCUCCUCAUGUGGUAGCAGCUUCCAGCUGUGGUUGCAAGCACCCUUCUGAUACUGGGCAAGUCAGAUUGCAACCGUGAUCACUGAUCCUAAGCAGUCAACGUAACACUGAUUAAUUCUACUGUGAGGGCCUGACCACUAGUGCCCUGGAUGUCACAGCCUUGUGAAAUUGAGGCAGUCACACUGUUCUCCUUCACAAGCAUUUCUCUGAGUUGGCCUCACCUGCAAAGUAGUUGGUUGCAGACCUGUCUUUGUGCUACAGGCUUCUAAGCACUUUAUACAGACAGCAACACUUGCUGUUUUUAUUACUGUCCUGCCAAUGUGUCCUUUUUCACCUGGUAUGACCAAAUUGGCUGAAACAUAGGACCAACACUGAGUGCUUUGAAAGAAAGCUGUUUUGAUUCUUGUUCACUGAAUGCCAUUUCUUUCAGGGCAGAUUUAAGGGCUCUGCCCUUAAAAUACAGUGCUACUGGCUCUAGAUUGAGGGUCCAAGCCACCCCGUGGGUUAACUUCAACAGAUGAAAAUUUUUCCUUGGCUACAGCAACAUCCCUAAUCCUGACCAGCCAUGGAGAGGUUCGGUUCUUACAAGAAAAAUGAGUGAAUGUGGGAAUGGCUCACCACAUUGGGAAAACAAAACUCACAUCCUGCUGAUGGUUGACUGAGGACUCUCAUGUCCACAUACAAAGAAAAGCAUGUGGCACAGUUGUAGGACAAAGGUAUGGUUUUGUGGAGUUUGAUGAUCUGCGUGAUGCAGAUGAUGCUGUUUAUGAACUCAAUGGCAAAGACCUUUGUGGUGAAAGAGUAAUUGUUGAGCAUGCCCGUGGCCCACGGCGAGACGGCAGUUACGGUUCUGGACGCAAAUCCUUUGAGGCUAAGAUGACUGCCUGUUCCAUUUGCUGACCUUGGGUUACCUUUCCAUGCGUGGCUCUUUGAACCUUUGUGGCCCUUGGCUGACCAAAAACAGGAAGCCAUGUGACGACCGCACCCUCUCCCCAUUAGGCCUGGGUGGUGAGGACCCCAGGGUUAGACACAGAUGGGAUUAACUGAAAUAGGUGGAUAUGGUUAUAGAAGAAGUGGCCGAGAUAAAUAUGGCCCUCCUACCCGCACAGAGUACAGACUUAUUGUGGAGAAUUUGUCAAGUCGGUGCAGCUGGCAAGACUUAAAGGAUUAUAUGCGUCAGGCAGGAGAAGUGACCUAUGCAGAUGCUCACAAGGAACGCAAAAACGAAGGGGUGAUUGAGUUUGUAUCUUACUCUGAUAUGAAAAGAGCUUUGGAAAAGUUGGAUGGAACUGAAGUUAAUGGCAGAAAAAUCAGAUUAGUUGAAGACAAGCCAGGUUCUAGACGGCGCCGGUCUUACUCCAGGAGCCGGAGUCGCUCAAGGUCCCGCUCUCGAAGUAGACAUUCCCGGAAGAGCAGAAGCCGAAGUGGCAGCAGUAAAAGCAGUCAUUCUAAGAGCCGGUCCCGAUCCAGGUCAGGCUCCCACUCCCGGAGCAAAAGCCGAAGCCGCAGCCCGAGCCGCAGUCGCAAGAAGGAAAAAAGCAGGAGCCCCAGCAAAGACAAGAGCCGUAGCCGCAGUCGCAGUAUCAACAAGAGCCGCAGCAAGAGUAAAGACCACGCUGAAGACAAGAUCCAGAACAACGACAGCUCUGGCAAACCCAGGAGCCGCAGUCCCAGCCGGCACAAAAGUAAGAGUAAAAGUAGGAGCCAGAGUCAGGAGAGGAGGGUAGAGGAAGGGAAGCGUGGGAGUAGGAGCGGAAGCAAGGAGAAAAGCCGCAGUCAGGAGAAGAGCCUCCUCAAGAGCCGCAGCCGCUCACGCAGCAAAGGCGGCAGCCGCAGCCGCUCACGCAGCAAGAGCAAGGACAAGAGGAAGGGCAGGAAGAGGAGCCGGGAGCAGAGCCGCAGCCGCAGCCGCUCCCGUAGCAAGAGCGAGCGGAGCAGGAAGCGCAGCAGCAAGCGAGACAGCAAAGGAGGCAGCAGCAAGAAGAAGAAGAAGGAAGACACCGACCGCUCCCAGUCCAGGUCGCCUUCCCGCUCUGUGUCCAAGGAGCGAGAACACAGCAAGUCCGAACCUGGUCAGAGGGAAGGCCGGGGGGAGAGUGAGAAUGCUGGGCCUAAGCCCGAGGCCCGAUCCAGAUCGAGAUCUAAUUCCAAAUCAGAACCAAACCUCCCGUCGGAAGCACGCUCCAGAUCAAAGUCCGCUUCAAAAACCCGGUCUCGAUCCAAGUCCCGAUCCAGGUCUGCGUCAAGAUCGGUGUCCCGGUCUAGAUCUAGGUCCCACUCGAGAUCCUAACUGGCUACGACCACAGCUGGAACUACCCGAGGAGUCUUUUGUACAUGUUUGGUAGCCGUAGCACAGGUGAUUGAAGUAGAACCUACGUCACUGCUGUACAUUUUUAACCCCCCUAAUGGUGUGUCUAUAAUUGUUAAAUCUAAGUGCUUCCUCUCAGUAAAGCCUCCUGGCACCAGGCCUUCCUGCUCGACUGAAAAAAAAAAUCUAUGAACCAACCCCCUUUACUCACGGCCCACAGUAGAAUAUCCAAAAUGCCUUGGCUUCCAGGCCUGGUCUGGCCUCCAGGAGCUUGGAACCUGGAUGGCUUUCAGGCUGGACUGGCAAUGGCAUAGGUAGGUAUGGUGAGUUCAGCCAUUUUGCCCUUGGAUUGCCGCCCUGUGAUGUACGCCACUAGUGAAAGUGCUAAGUCUUCAGUUUCCUACCACUUUGGUUUCCUACUUUUGGACUUAACGAAGUUGUGAAUAGCACAGUUGAGGAAAAUUGACACCUGCAGUAACCAUAGGAAAUAAACUGUAGAGUUCCAUAUUCUGGUAUUGUGAUUAUAUUGUUUUAUAUUAAAAGAAAAGAAAAGAAUUUUUUUUAAUUUUAUUUUUCCCCGUCUUGCAAAAGUAUAGUGACCCCUGUUUCCAUUAAAUUUGAAUAAAGACUAUUUUUGCUUGACAAAAUUUCA